GCUUGAGUCUGGAUGCGAUGCAUGCAUCCUUGAUGGCGGGCAAUGACAGCGAGGGGGGGUUGUGUUGAUGACACGGUUUACUGGUAGUGGUACAGUCAGCAGCAGCGACCUCCUAGACUGACUGCGCGCGCACAGAUGAUGAGGAGGGUAAAUGCCUCACCACCCACUGCCCGCGUGUGUUCAAAUCCCACGGAGUCUCCAGGUAGGUAGGUACUAUAGCUCUGGCCAAACCUCCAUGGAGAUUCCACGGCCAAACCUCACUCCCCUUUCCACCCUACCCACCUGCCAUCCAUCCAGCAAUGCCUCGGGGUUCGGACUCUUGGCCUCGUCCCAUCUCCGUCCUCCUUACCCUACCCUGUCCUUUACUGUACUGUAAAUUCAAAUACUACCCACUGCGCCGUCCAGACGCGUCGAUCCCGACGUGUCAAAGGAUCCGAUCCGUGCAGCUGUGCAUAAAGAAAUAUGUAGACACGGGAGCGGAGCUAUAGAAAUCCCCGUGCCUGCUGCGCGCGGGUGGCUGUUGUUCCGGUGUCUUGGCGGAGGGAUUAUCUUGGCGUAAGGCUGAAGAUUUUGGGGGAGGUGCUGGUGGUGGGGGAACGAUGAUCCGGGAUCUAUCACGUGAUUGCUGUUUCCGCCCAGGCAGAGAUUCCGCUCCGCUCCGCUCCGCCAAUCGAGAUAGCUUCAACCACCGAGCUCCAGGGACGGGCGUCCCCAAAAAAAAAAUAUAUACCACGCCCAGGCGCGAGUUUCACGACGACGAACGAAAUGACGACUAUCACACCCCCAGGGGCAGGCUCGGGGACAGCAGCAGCAGCAGCAACAGCAGGCUCCUCCUCCUUCCUCCCCCUCGACACCCUCUUCUCCAACCCCCUCUUCGCUGGGGGUCUCGGUCUCGCAUCUCUAGGCUACGCAGCUACGCUUGCAAGGCGGGUCGCCAUCCGCUCCGGCGCGCUGCUGAAACGACGAUUACUUGUUUCGCUUGAGGUUUCGAAGAAUGAUGAUGCGUAUCCUAUGUUACUAGCUUGGUUAUCGCUGCAUCGCCCGCCGACGAACAGGGUUGCGGCGGCGUUGACGAGGGUUCAUGAUCUUAGCAUGAGGACUGCGCGCCGGCCGCUGGGGAAUGGAGAGGUGGCUACGACGUUUUUGUUGCAGCCUGGGUAUGGGCGGCAUGUUGUGCGGUUUGGGGGGGCGUAUCUGGCGGUGCAUAGGGAGAGGAAGGCGAGCGCGAAUCUCAACACCGGCGAGCCCUUCGAGACAUUAACGCUCACGACGCUGUACGCGCACCGCCACGUCUUCGAGGACUUAUUCGGCGAAGCAUACGCCCUCUCCGCCAAGGCAGGGGAAGAUCGCACACCCGUCCUCUCCGCCUCUGGGACAGGCUGGGCGCCCUUCGGCGAGGCGAGGAGGAAACGGCCGUUGGGGAGCGUAAUAUUGGAUAAAGGUGUUGCGGAACGGGUACUAGAUGAUGUGCGCGAGUUCUGGGCAGCGAGGGAGUGGUACGAGCAGAGGGGGAUACCGUAUCGACGGGGUUACCUCCUCCAUGGUCCCCCGGGGAGUGGGAAGAGUUCGUUUAUACUGGCCUUAGCUGGGGAGGUGGGGUGUGGAGUCGCUAUUGUGAAUUUGAGUGAGAGGGGGUUGACGGAUGAGAGGUUGAGUGUUUUGCUUUCUAAGGUUCCGCCGAAGACAAUAUUGUUGCUGGAGGAUGCGGAUGCGGCGUUUGUGGAAAGGAAGGGGGGGGAUGGGGGGUGGGGCGGUGUGACGUUCAGUGGGUUGCUGAAUGCACUUGAUGGUGUUGCGGGGGGGGAGGAGCGGGUAGUCUUCCUGACGACGAAUUGGGUGGGGAGGUUGGAUGAGGCGCUCGUGAGGCCGGGGAGGGUGGAUGUCAUUGAGUGUAUUGGGUCCGCUACUGAGUGGCAGGCUGGGGAGUUGUGGGAUAGGUUUUAUGGCCGGGAGGCGGAGGUGGAGGAGGGUGUUGUGGUGGAGAAGAGGGAUACGGGGAGGGAGAGGUUCGUGAGGAAGUUGAAGGAGGAGGGGGUGCUGGAGAGGGGGAUUAGUAUGGCGGCGCUGCAGGGGCUGUUUUUGGUUAAUAAGGGGGAUGCGGAGGGGGCGAUUCGGGGGGUGGAGACGUUGCUGCCGAAGGAGAUGGAGAGGAAGGGGGAGAUGGGGAGGUAG